UUACAUAGGCUCUUAUAAAUAAGAAGAAAGACGAGACCAUCUUCUCAUAACUUUUAUAUUCAUCUUCAGAACGAAUAUUGAUAGAGAGAGAAAAUGGUGAGGCCAAGACUGCUUGUUGUGUCAAUGUCGCUUCCCGUUACUGCUAAUAGGACUGGAGAAGAAGCCUGGUCUUUCACCAUGAGUCCUGGUGGUCUAGUUAGUGCUCUUCUAGGUUUGAAUGAGUUUGAGACCAAAUGGAUUGGCUGGCCUGGAGUCGAUGUUUAUGAUACGGUUGGAAAAAAGGCACUCUCCAUUGCUCUAGCUGAAAAGGGGUGUAUUCCGGUGUUUCUGGAAGAAGUUUGUGAUCAAUACUAUAAUGGAUAUUGCAACAAUAUUCUGUGGCCGAUUUUUCACUACUUGGGAACCCCACCAGAAUAUCGUAACGAUGCAACCAUAACAUACCAGUCACAGUAUGAUGCAUACAAGAAAGCAAAUCGUAUUUUCUUUGAUGUGGUAAAAGAGCAUUAUCAAGAAGGAGAUGUGGUUUGGUGCCAUGAUUACCAUCUUAUGCUUCUUCCUCAAUAUCUAAAAGAAUACAACAGUAAGAUGAAAGUAGGAUGGUUUCUCCAUACACCAUUCCCUUCCUCCGAAAUGUACAAAACCUUGCCCUCGCGAUCCGAACUGCUUCGUUCUGUUCUUACUGCUGAUUUAGUCGGUUUCCAUACCUAUGAUUUUGCAAGACAUUUCGUGAAUGCAUGCAUGUGUAUACUUGGAACCGAAGCAACAUCUGAAGGAGUUGUAGAUCAGGGAAAAUUCACUCCUGUAGCUGUUUUUCCCAUUGGGAUAGAACCUGAGAGGUUCAUAAACACAAGUAAACUCUCUGAGGUCACGGAAUACAUGAAGAAGUUUAAAUCAGAUUUUGGGGGAAGAAAGUUGAUAUUAGGUGUUGAUCGUCUCGACACGAUCAAAGGGAUUCCAAACAAAUAUCAGGCAUUUGAGAAAUUUCUUGAGGAAAAUGAAGAUUGGCGUGGUAAAGUUUUGUUACUUCAGAUUGCAGUGCCAACAAGGAAUGGUAUUGGUGAAUAUCAAAAGAUCAAAGACCAAUGUCACGGAGUUGUUGGACGUGUUAAUGGUCGUUUUGGUUCUAUCUCUUCCGUUCCAAUAAUUCACCUGGAUUGUGCUAUUCCCUUUCAUCAACUAUGCGCACUUUACGCCAUCACAGAUGUAUUACUUGUAACAUCUUUGAGAGAUGGAAUGAACCUUGUGAGUUCUGAGUUUGUUGCCUGCCAAAAUGCGGAAAAAGGAGUUCUCGUUCUAAGCGAGUUUGCAGGUGCUGGUCAGUCACUUGGUGCUGGAGCUCUUCUUGUGAAUCCUUGGAACAUUAAAGAAGUUUCUAAUGCCAUUGGAGAAGCUCUAAGAAUGUCACCUGAAGAAAAGGAGAAAAAACAUCAAAUCAAUUUUCAGUAUGUGAAAACUCACUCUACUCAACAGUGGGCAGAUGAUUUCAUGAAGUAUGUGACAAAUCCCAAUAUUUAUUUUCUUUAAAUCUCAUCUCAACUAAUUGUUCUUAUAGAUAAAUACAAUUUUUUUUAUCUGGUUAGUAAACUAAAUGAGGUUACAAGUAAAACGGAGCUAGAAACUGGAAAAUCCCCACAUGAACUUCCACAGCAUGAUGUGGUUCAACAAUAUUCAAAGUCUAAGAAUAGGCUGCUAAUUCUUGGCUUUUAUGGAACACUCACUGAGCCAAAGAAAAACCAAGAGAGAAGAGACGAAGGGAUGAAUCUUGAACUUCACCCACAGCUUAAAGAAAGUCUAAAAACAUUAUGCAGUGAUCCAAAAACAACGGUCGUUGUCCUGAGUAGAAGUGAAAAAAGCAUAUUGGAUCAAAACUUUGGAGAGCACGAUAUGUGGUUAGCUGCUGAAAACGGAAUGUUUUUAAGGCAUUCAGCUGGGGAGUGGGUGACGAAGAUGCCAGAAAACAUGAACUUGGAAUGGAUUGAUGGUGUCAAGCAAGUAUUCAAGUACUUCACUGAAAGAACUCCAGGAUCCUACUUCCAAGCAAGCGAGACUUCGGUUGUAUGGAAUUACCAAUAUGCAGAUGCUGAAUUUGGGAGAGCUCAAGCAAAAGAUAUGUUGCAACACUUGUGGGCUGGACCAAUCUCUAAUGCAACAGUGGAUGUUGUCCAAGGACGCUACUCUGUUGAAGUCCAUUCGGUUGGUGUAACAAAGGGAAGUGCAAUGGAGCGUAUCCUCGGAGAAAUAGUGCUUCAGAAUAAGUCAAUAACUACACCAAUUGAUUAUGUCUUAUGCAUUGGUAACUUCUUGGGGAAAGAUGAAGAUGUUUACACCUUCUUCGAGCCCGAGUUAACCAAGAAAACCAUGUCUUCUCCUUAUUAUGGCAGUGGCCCCUUCAAGAAGGUGUCAUCGACCGUUGUUAACGUAAAGGAAGAGAACUACUUCUCUGUGGCUGUUGGGAAAACGCACACAAAGGCUAGCUAUUUCCUUGACUCAGCUGAUGAUGUUGUGCAGUUGAUCCACAAGCUUUGCACACACAACAAUCCUUGACUCAUCAUCAUAUGGUGCCCUGAUGAUCCUCUUAGAAUUUUUUAUGGCUAAAGGGCACUAUUAAAGACUUUGAUUUGCUGUUUUUUUUUACUUUCGCAAAACUCAUUACUGUUCUCUGCUUUUCAGUUUAUCUCAUUGUCUCUUUGACUCUUUUA